UUCUAUCUUUCCCUAUGGAUCUCAUUUCAACACCAUUCAAUAAGGAGCUUUCGUAUAUCUUCCUUUUUUAUCUCGCUCCCCUUCUUCUCAUUCUUGUUUCAGGUAUUUGUUCACUCAAAAGCAACAAACACAAAAACCUGCCGCCAGGGAGCUUCGGAUGGCCUUUCGUGGGAGAAACAAUUCAAUUCCGGAAGCAAGAGAAGUUUGUCCUCGACAGGAUGAAGAAAUACUCUCCAGAUAUUUUCAAAACCAAGAUUCUCGGAGAAGAAGUUGCAGUCAUUUGCGGUCCAAACGGCCACAAAUUUAUCUUCAGUAAUGAACGUAAACUCUUCACUCCAAUCCUUCCCUAUUCCAUGCAAAAGCUGUUCCUCUCUAAAGCUCCAACAGGCAGCUCUAACUUUAAAGAAGAAGUAAGAACAACAACAGGGUUCCUGAAACGUGAAGCCCUGGUGAAGUUCUUGGGCAAAAUGGAUUCCAUAACUCAACAACAAAUGCAAACCCUUUGGGAAGGGAAAGAUGAAGUGAAGGCAUUCCCUCUAGCAAAAUCUCUAACCUUAAGUAUCGCUUGUUGUUUAUUCAUGUGUACCGAAGAUCCUGAGCUCGUUGCCAGAACUAUUACCAGACUUGAUGAUGUAAAAGUAGGGAUGUUUUCUGCUCCUUUAAAUUUUCCAGGAACGAAUUUUCGUAAAGCAUGCAAAGCCGCAGCUGCAGUGCACAAAGAGUUGAGAGGCAUAAUUUCUGAGAAGAAAACGGCAAUGGCUAGAGGAGAACCGACGGUGGAUAUUUUGUCACAUAUGAUUUUAGCUACAGAUGGAUCUGGGGAACGAAUUCCAGAGGUUGAGAUUGCGGACAAACUCAUGGGCUUGCUUGUUGUAGGAUAUGGCACUGUCGCUUCUGUCAUGACUUUGUUCAUGAAACACGUUGGAGAGAGACCUGACAUAUACAAUAAAGUCCUUGCUGAGCAACAAGAAGUCGCGGCCUCGAAGAAGCUUGGGGAGCUCUUGAAUCUGGAUGAUAUACAAAAGAUGAAAUAUUCUUGGAAAGUUUUACGUGAAGUGAUGAGAGUUACACCAGCAAUACAAGGGACGAUAAUUAGAGAGGCUUCUACAGAUUUUACAUAUGCUGGUUACACAGUUCCCAAAGGAUGGAAGGUAUAUUGGAAUGUAAAUUCAACAAACAAGAACCCUAAAUACUUCCCAAAUCCAGAAAUAUUUGACCCAUCAAGACAUGAUGAAACAAAUAAUUUACCUCUUUUCACAUUUGUUCCAUUUGGUGGGGGGCCUCGGAUGUGCCCAGGAAAGGAGUAUGCUCAAUUAGUAACACUCACUUUUGUUCACAAUGUGAUGAAGAGAUUUAAAUGGGAGAUGGUCCUUCCGAAAGAAAGAAUUAUAAGCGAAACAAUGCCAACUCCGGAACAAGGACUUCCAAUUCGUCUUUAUCAUUACUAAGUUUAUAUUAUUAAUAUUCUUACAGUGUUGACAAAAGUUUCCAUUAUGGGAAUGGCUGUAUAUGUUAAUAGUUUAGUAAUAUUAAUAGUCGAUGAUAGCUGUUGGAUUGACACUUGUCGAAAGGCCGAGCAUUAACGUAGUGGUUGAAAACAUGAAAUUAUCCAUCGUCUAAUUAAUGCUUGU